UAAAACCCUAUACCCCGACAUCUCUUCUGUUAUCGGGAUUUUUAGGGUUCCGAUCAUCGUCGGCGAUAGGCGGAGGAACGAUGCCGAAGGUUUCAGCGCUGGACAUGCCGGACGUGCCGAAGGGAAAGCUCCCCGAGCACCUCGAGGUCCAGCGCACCCGUGUCGUUUGCAACGCCGACGCUCCUAUCCAUACAGAACCAUUUCAUUAUUCUGGGGCCUUUGCGUUAAUGGGUGUAGAUAAUAGCGUGACCUUGGAGAGCUUCUGCAAGAAUCUCAAAAUUGAGGUUAUUGAGUUAACAGAGGAUACGAUGGAGUUUGAUAUGAUUGGCAUUGAUGCUUCAUUGGCUAAUGCAUUCCGGAGGAUUCUCAUUGCUGAGGUUCCGACUAUGGCUAUUGAGAACGUCCUCAUGGUUAACAACACUUCAGUGAUUCCAGAUGAGGUUCUGGCCCAUAGGCUAGGACUUAUUCCUCUUAAUGCUGAUCCCAAACUAUUUGAGUACCUUUCAGAACAUGAUACUCCAAAUGAAAGGAAUACUAUAGUUUUUAAAUUGGCCGUCUCUUGUAAAAAAGGCAGUCCUCGUCUUACAGUGAAGUCAGAUCAACUGAAGUGGUUGCCAGGAGGCAGUGAGCUAGAGAUGGAAUCUCCUACUCCAUCGGCAAAACCCAGGACCUAUACCUCAUUCAGUCGCAGUCAAGAUUCCAUGCCUGAAUUCGCCAAUAAACCACUAGGUGUCAAGCAUCAAGAUAUUAUUAUUGAUAAACUUGGUCCAGGACAGGCAAUUGAACUUGAGGCGCAUGCUGUGAAAGGCAUUGGUAAAGUUCAUGCCAAAUGGUCACCUGUAGCAACAGCAUGGUAUAGGAUGCUUCCUGAGGUUAUAUUAUUGAAAGAAAUAAAAGGUGUGGAUGCAGAAAAACUUGUGAAGAAGUGUCCAGUUAAUGUCUUUGAUAUUGAAGAUGUCGGCAAGGGCGAGAAAAAGGCAGUAGUGGCCAAUCCACGGGCCUGUACAUUGUGUAGAGAAUGCAUUCGGGGUGUCAAUGAGCCACAAGUAGAACUAAGGCGCGCUAAAGAUCACUUCAUAUUUAAAAUUGAAUCAGCUGGAGCUAUACCUCCAGAGGUGCUAUUUACAGAUGCUGUGAAGAUCUUAGAAGAGAAAUGCGACAGAGUGAUCUGUGAACUAUCUUAGCAGGAACAACAAGGGGGAAAAAAGAAAAAAAAAUUGUUGCGGUGCUACUUGAUUGUUUACAUCUUGUCCACAUGCAAAAUAGCAAAUAGUCAAGAACACUCUUAGACCACUUGGAAAAAACCCAGUUGUUAUAUAUUAUUAUUAUUAUUAUUAUUAUUAUUAUGCAGUAUCCCUUUGAAAAGCCUGCGUCUGUUCUGAACCUUAAUUUCUUUGCAGUUUGAUGAGCCCUGUUGCAUUA